GCGCGGUCGCAAUAUGCCUCAACUUGUCCCCUCCCCCGCGGACUGCCUGGCUUGAGAUGAGUGGAAGAUGUCGGUUUCGGGUCUGAAGGCCGAAUUGAAGUUUUUGGAGUCAAUUUUUGACCCAAACCACGAACGUUUCAGAAUUAUCGAUUGGAAGCCUGAUGAGCUUAGUUGUCAGUUUAAUGUAACCGGUGAAAAACUCCUGAUUAUACAUUGCAACAUCACGGAGUCAUACCCCUCUAUACCCCCAAUCUGGUUUGUUGACUCUGAUGACCCAAGUCUGACAGAGGUGUUGGAGCGCCUGGAAGAUGUCAGAAAGGGCACCUCUCUGCUCCUACAGCAGCUAAAGCGUCUCAUCUGUGACCUGUGUCGGCUGUACAACCUGCCACAGCACCCAGAUGUUGAGAUGCUAGAUCAGCCACUCCCUGCUGGGCCCAUCAACCCAGAGCGCAAGCAUGGACCAGCGGAUGAAGUGACAUCCGAGGAGGAGGAUGAAGAAGAAAUGGGCGAGCAGGACAUUGAAGACUUGGACCACUAUGAGAUGAAGGAAGAGGAGCCAGUGGACGGGAAGAAGUCAGAGGAUGACGGAAUAGAGAAGGAGAACCUGGCCAUCCUUGAGAAGAUCCGUAAGAACCAGAGGCAGGACCACUUGAACGUAAGUGCUCAUUCGGGUGCCGUCUCUGGUUCCGUUCAGGCCUCCGAUCGUCUCAUGAAGGAACUCAGGGAGAUCUACAGAUCACAGAGUUACAAGACAGGUAUUUAUUCAGUGGAGCUAGUCAAUGACAGCCUUUAUGAAUGGCACGUCAAAAUAAGAACGGUAGAUCCAGAUAGUCCGUUACAUAGUGACUUGCAAGUUAUGAAGGAGAAGGAAGGGGUGGACUACAUUCUGCUCAGUUUCUCAUAUAAAGAUAACUUUCCUUUUGACCCACCGUUCGUACGGGUCGUCUCUCCUGUGCUGUCUGGCGGUUACGUUCUUGGCGGAGGGGCCUUGUGUAUGGAACUUCUCACAAAACAGGGCUGGAGCAGUGCCUAUUCCAUAGAGUCUGUGAUCAUGCAGAUCAAUGCCACUUUAGUCAAAGGAAAAGCCAGAGUGCAGUUUGGAGCCAAUAAGAACCAGUACAACCUUGCCAGAGCACAACAGUCAUACAAAUCCCUGGUCCAGAUUCACGAAAAGAAUGGCUGGUACACACCUCCUAAAGAAGACGGCUAAAGAAGGCACUCCUCAUACUCACUGGGAACAGAAUAAUGUCUUUGGGUCAAAAACUUUUUUUUUUUUUUUUUUUUUUUUGAGAAGGGGGGGGACUAUUUUCUCCCUUCUGACUUAUCAGGAGUAAGUAAAUAAUUUUUCUCCUGGAAACCAACUGACAAAAUUCUUCCAUCUCGCCUGUCGUCGUCGUCGGCGGCGGCUCAGUUGACCAGUAUCUCUGCCUGGUCCAACAAUAGGCUAGCCCCCCGUCCCCGUCGCUAGCCCCCGUUGUCACUCCACUUCCUCUGAGGGCCGUGUUUGUGGAGACUGAGGGCAUCGUGCACAUCUUUUUUUUUUCUCUACACAGAAAGGUUCUUGUUUUCCCUUCUCUUAAAAAUGUGGAGAAUGUUUUUUUUUUUCUUCUGUACAUACGCUGGUGUGACAACAUGGGCUUGACAUAAAAUCACCAUCUGUUUCUCCUGGGAGAGAGAGACAGAACACUGAUGUUCUGACAAGACGAGAGCUAGUUGGUUUGUUCGUAGCCAUGUCCUUCUCUGUUUUUAGUGUGACUCUGUCAGCUCUUACCUUACAGCCACGGCAUGGUCAGUGGGAUUUAACUGAAAGCUCUGUGGUGACCGUUUGAAUUUAAAGCGAAGAAGAAGAUGAUGAUGAGGAUGAUGUUUCAGUGAUGUCAUCUUUCGUGACACUGCUCCUUAUUCCUCCACACUUUGUGUAAUAUUUACUGGUACAAAUUGCAGGCAUUGUUAAAAUAUUAUACGCUUAAAAUUGUAAUUGUACUUGCUGGCUUGUUUAAUGUCCCAUGAGCCAGAUUGGUGACAAAAUGGUGUGUGACUAGGAUGCAGGAGGGACUUUAAACGGAGUCUAAGGUUCUGUCCUAAAUAACGUCCUUUUCCCUAUACACUACACUACCUUUGACCAGGGCCCUAUGGGAAUACAAACAGAAUGUUGACCAAGCUUUGCUUUAUUUCUAAGAGCAUCUCUGCUAUGGAUUUCAGAUAAAUGGUUGGGCAAAAGCAGUAAACUAUGUAGCCCAGGGCUGCCCAACCCUUUUCCUGGAGAUCUACUGUCCUGUAGAUUAUCAGUCAAACCCUCUUCCUGGAGAUCUACUGUCCUGUAGGUUCAGACCAACCCACUUCCUGGAGAUCUACUGUCCUG